CUACUUUCCCCAAACACUCAAGACUUAAAAACAACAAAAAUCUCUAUCAAUAGAAAUUGGAUUCUCUUUACAUUUUUAUGUUCAGAUUUAACAAAUAUAAAGAAAAAAUCUGAAUAAGAAUCCAGAAAUUUCUCUAUUGGUUUUGAAGUGAAAAUCAGAGGUUUGAGGAGGAUGUGGAAAGUUAGUAGAGCAGCAAUGAUGAAUCUACGAACCUUACAACAGGUUCGUAGAUUCUCAUUAGCGAUUCCAGGUCCUUGUAUUGUUCAUAAACGUGGUGCUGAUAUUCUUCACGAUCCUUGGUUCAAUAAGGAUACUGGUUUCCCGUUAACAGAAAGAGAUCGACUCGGGCUUCGAGGACUCCUUCCACCUCGGAUUAUAUCAUUUGACGAGCAAUAUGAGCGUUUCAUGGAGUCAUUUCGUUCACUGGAGAAGAACACCAAGAACGAACCAGAAAAAGUUGUAGCUUUAGCGAAAUGGAGGCUCCUGAACAGAUUGCACGACAGGAAUGAGACAUUAUACUACAAAGUUCUUAUUGACAACAUCGAAGCCUUCGCUCCAAUUAUUUACACUCCUACUGUAGGAUUGGUAUGUCAGAACUAUGCGGGUCUGUUCAGACGUCCUCGUGGGAUGUAUUUUAGUGCUAAGGACAAAGGAGAGAUGAUGUCCAUGAUUUAUAAUUGGCCAUCUAAUAAGGUAGACAUGAUAGUGGUGACAGAUGGAAGUCGUAUCCUUGGCCUCGGUGACCUCGGAGUACAAGGGAUAGGAAUACCAAUUGGGAAACUCGAUAUGUAUGUUGCUGCUGCUGGAAUCAACCCACAGAGAAUACUUCCCAUUAUGCUUGAUGUUGGAACCAACAACAAAAAGCUUCUUGAUAAUCCUUUAUAUUUAGGAGUACGACAACAAAGGCUAGAAGGAGAUGAAUACAGAGCCAUAGUUGAUGAAUUCAUUGAAGCUGUUUACACACGUUGGCCUAGGGCUAUUGUGCAGUUUGAAGAUUUUCAAAUGAAGUGGGCUUUUGAAACGCUACACCGAUAUCGUAACAAGUUUUGCAUGUUCAAUGAUGACAUACAGGGAACUGCUGGUGUUGCACUUGCUGGAUUACUGGGGGCUGUAAGGGCACAAAAUCGACCUUUGAGUGACUUCGUAAAACAAAAGAUAGUUGUGGUUGGGGCUGGAAGUGCAGGGAUAGGUGUUCUAAGCACGGCUAAGCAAGCUGUUGCUAGGAUGACAGGGGACAAUGAGACGGCAGCGCACAAUCCAUUCUGGCUACUCGACAAAGAUGGUCUUGUUACUAAAGAUAGAAAGAAUCUUGAUUCAACAGCUGCACCUUUUGCACGAGGCUUUGGUGUAGGGGAGAUCGAGGGACUCGGUGAAGGGGCUAGUCUUCUUGAAGUGGUUAAAAAGGUGAAGCCCCAUGUCCUUCUUGGUCUAUCAGGAGUAGGAGGUAUCUUCACUAAGGAGGUCCUAGAAGCUAUGCGAGAUUCAGAUUCUUCUCGUCCUGCAAUAUUUGCUAUGUCAAAUCCUACAAUGAAUGCUGAGUGCACAGCAGCUGACGCGUUCAAGUAUGCAGGAGAGAACAUAGUUUUUGCUAGUGGGAGCCCCUUUGAAAAUGUCAAUCUUGGAAAUGGGAAAGUAGGCCAUGUUAAUCAAGCAAAUAACAUGUAUCUGUUUCCUGGGAUCGGUUUGGGGACUCUACUCUCAGGUUCUCAUUUUAUUACUGAUGGAAUGCUCCAAGCUGCUGCUGAAUGCCUUGCAUCAUAUAUGACGGAUGAGCAGAUCAAGAACGGCAUCUUAUAUCCUUCGAUUUCAAGUAUUCGACAUAUUACAACUGAAGUAGCGGCAGCUGUAGUACAAGAGGCUGUUGCUGAAGAACUUGCUGAAGGGUAUUGUGAGGUUGCAGCCAAAGAGCUCAUGCACAUGUCAAAGGAUGAAACGGUGGAAUAUGUAGCUCGUAACAUGUGGUUUCCUGUAUACAACCCUCUUGUUCAUGAAAAGGGUUUCUAGUUAGACUAGGUAUAUAUUUUUUUGAUAUUUUUGUUCGUAUAAUAUUGAAAUACUCUGACACAGAUUCAAAUCAUCGCAGUUUUGACUGCUGAACUUCACUCUUGUACCAUUUUAAUCUGAACUCUACUGAGAAACUACUACAAGUUACAAAGCAAAAAAGAAAAGGAUACUAUCAGUUGAUUGUUGAUCAUAAACAUUUCGUCACUUGGUCCAGACAA